AUGCCUGAAGAAAGUGAACUUUUACAGCAGGUUUUUUUAACAGAUGCAGAAUGUUCUGAAAUUUUCAGGAAUACACCACCAGUUCCAAACGGAUUGAAAUAUGUUCCUGGUGCAAGGAAUCAAAGCAGACAAGACAUUGUGAUGAGUCUUUUGCUGACCGACCGAAGAAAUUGUCAACCAAGAGUAUGGGUUUUCAAGAGAAAGGCAAUGCAAAGAGGAAAAUUUCCUGUUGCUGUUGCUGUAGGAAAAAACAGCAUGAUGGUGAUUUAUGAUGGGUUAUACGUGCCAUAUGAGCAGAAUUUUGUGGUGGAAACAACGUUUUAUUUUUGUCCUUCUGCGAACUGUGUAAAACACAUCCCCUCCAUGGAUCAAUUUGACACCGCCAUCUGGAAUAACAGUGGACAGCUUGGUGAUGUGCGAUGA